AUGGCUGUCGUUUUACCACUGAGAGUCAUCUGUCGCGAUGUUACCUGGGUGACUGAAGGCACAGAUCAACCCCACAAAGUAACCAAGUUCUUUGUCGACGAUCCUCGCAAACUCGGCGUAAAGCAGUUUGACAUCGUCUCGUAUCUCUACGGCAAGAAGGCGAAACCAUGGGACUGCGCUCCACCAAGCGAGGACUGGGACGGUCUCCCAGGCGUCAACUGGAAAGUGAAUGUUAGAAAGUCCAAGUUAAAAGAGAUCCUGCGGCUGAUGGACGAGGCCGACAUUGAUUAUUUAUGGGCCGACUGUGUCUGCUUCGAUCAGGAGAACAUGGCGGAAAAAUCAGCCGAGGUCAGUCGCAUGUACGAGUACUACAAGAGCGCCGAAAAGUGCCACAUCAUCAUUAACGUAGAUGACAUCGCGACUGCCCGCGACGUCGACGUGGGCGAGGAGGAGGAGGGGGCCGUGGAGGCGGCGGAAUCCGACUCCGACGCUGAUGAAGCCUUUGGAGCCCCAAGCAUGAUUCACAACCCCGUCUGGGAUCACCAGACCAUUGUCGACGAUCUGAAGUUCCUCGACCACAUCCUGCACCACAUGGUCGGCGCCGCGCGGGCCACCGAUGCCUUGUUGACCAAGAACGUGAUCAACCAGCUGUCGGAUUGGGCAGAAGCGCCGUGGCUCUUUCGCAUUCCCCAAGCAGCCGUCAAGGCCGCCGCCGUUGAGCCAGGCAUCUUGAACUGCUAUGCGACAUGCGUCAGCCACGUGCGAUCGCUGUUUCGCAAUCUGUACUUCUCGCGCGUCUGGACGUUCCAGGAGAUGGUCUUGGGCAAGAACAUCACCAUCUGGGGUGUCAAUCCGGAGCAGAUGAAAUGCAUAGGGCAGUUCGGCACGUGGAUGGACCUGGCUAUCGACGCCAGCGACAAGGCCGUCAAGCUUCGUGACUGGAUAGAUGAGUGCCGAAAGCUCAAUACCACAGGAAUCAACGCUAUUCUGCAGGUCAUCCAGGAGGAUCUUCUAGGGCUCACAUUUCUGCGGACGCAGGUCCAAGGCAUCAACUCGGCGAGGACCGAUAUUAUUGCUGGCGGCCCGUACUGGUGGAAGGACAACUACAAGGGGAUUUGCAACGUCUUCUCCGCGAUCUCCAUCUGGCCGCGCAAGUGCGAAAGGCGCGCCGAUAUCUUCUACGGCCUCCUGGGCGUCUUCAGUGGCCUGUUCACUGAAGAGGAGAUCAAGCAGCUAGCAGGCGAGAGCCAGGACAUCGAGCCCAUCGCCUUUGCCUUCUUCAAGCAGUUGUCCCUCAAAACGGAGCGUGCUUGGACCCGUCUGGCGAUUACGAGCGGAAGUCGAGGCGAGUGGGACUGGAUCCCUGUGACAGCGACCCCCAAGCGCAUCAGAACCACCGACAUCUUUGCCGGGGUCGUCGACCUGGGGUUCUUGACACAAAAGGGCCGAGUCAAGACGCUCGCCGUCACUGGCCUUCAGGGGUCACCACGGCAGUACAUCACAUUCCGCCCCCAGCAGCAGGCCAAGAAUUGGGGCUUCAAUUUUGUUUUCCGAGGCUGCAACGCAGGCAAAAAGGUCAAGAUCUCGACCUUCAAGUCCGAGCCCAUCCCCUUGCACGACCAGACGAGAAACGUUACUGGCGAUGAAACCGGUCGGACCCUGGCGCAAAUCUCGACCAUCUUGGGAGCCCUCUUUGAUCCCGCCGGAGACCUUGCCGAAUACCGACGGAGAAUGUUGGAAAAAUUGCAACCUAGGUGGCAUGUCUCUGACCCCAACGCGAAGCCCGCAGGCUGGAUUGACAGGUGUGUGAGCGGCACCACCUGGGAAGAUCCCAAGCUUGGGCACGUCCGGGCGCAUAACCUCUCCGCGAGUUACUACCUGCAAGCGUUCCGUGACUGCCAAUCCCGUCUGUAUAACGACGCCACCAAGGACAUCUCGUGCGAGGUCCGGGUCGAGUGUGGGUGUACCAUAGUUGCCCCGUUUUACUUUAUCCUGGAAGCCAUCAUUGCUGUGCAAGGGAGCUUCCUCGGCAAGAUCUCUGUCGGCCUCGACAAGGACAACCGCAUCAUUCUGCAGGACGGUGUGGGAUUGAUACAGCCUGGAGACGUGGGCAGGGGAUUCCACAUUGUGGCGUUCGAAGGCGACGUCCACGCUCACCGAGACUAUGCGUCUAGUUGUAGGAGCACCAAGAAGGAUGAGGAAGUGAAGUCGAAACCCAAAUCCUGGCCUCGAGGCAGAGCUAUUGUGAGGGACGAUUUCACCCACGCCGCAACCGACAUGACGAAAGACUAUGGAUACAUCCAAACCGGCGGCUAUGUUCAGGAAGACGGCUAUGUCCAGACGGGUGGCUCGGGGAACUUGCUGAUAUGCAGAAAUCACCCAGCAGUUAUGCAACAGCAGAUCCAUCGACUGUAUCGGGACAGUGGGGAUGAGAUCAACCUGGGCUGGGCCUUUUGCUUGAUCCACGACAACAACCAUCUAAGUUGUUUCCGUGGCAUCCACUCUCGGGUGUUGCCGUUGGCUAAGUAA